GGAAACUACUGCAAUUCAAAAUGGUGAAGGAGGAGGAGAAGGGGAUUCCUGUGCGGGUUGCACUCCGCUGCCGCCCCUUGGUCAUGAAGGAGAUAAGCGAAGGGUGCCAGAUGUGUCUGUCCUUUGUGCCUGGGGAGCCCCAGGUAAUUGUAGGCAAUGACAAAUCCUUCACAUACGACUAUGUAUUUGACCCAUCAGCUGAGCAGGAGGAAGUCUUUAAUACAUCUGUUGCCCCUUUAAUACAGGGCAUCUUCAAAGGGUACAAUGCUACUGUCCUAGCAUAUGGGCAGACAGGUUCUGGAAAAACCUAUUCUAUGGGAGGCACUUUCACUCAUGAUCAAGAACAUGAACCUAGUGUUGGAGUUAUUCCUCGCGUAAUUAAAGUACUAUUUCAAGAAGUAGAGCGGAAGCAGGACUGGGCAUUCAGUUUGAAAGUCUCAUAUUUGGAGAUCUACAAUGAGGAUGUCCUCGACCUGCUAUCUCCUGUGAGAGAGCGAUCUUCUCAAAUCAGUAUCCGGGAGGAUCCCAAAGAAGGCAUUAAGGUAAUAGGGUUAACGGAACAAGAAGUGGCCUGUGCCCAGGAUACGGUAUUCUGCCUGGAGCAAGGAAACAAUUCAAGAACUGUGGCCUCCACAGCCAUGAAUUCACAGUCCUCACGGUCCCAUGCAAUCUUCACAAUUUCCAUUGAGCAGAGAAAGAAAAGUGACAAGAAUAGCAGCUUUCGCUCAAAGCUCCAUCUUGUAGAUCUUGCUGGCUCUGAGCGGCAAAAGAAGACCAAAGCUGAGGGAGACAGACUAAAGGAAGGAAUCAACAUCAACAGAGGCCUUCUGUGCCUGGGAAAUGUGAUCAGUGCUCUUGGUGAGGAAAACAAAAAGGGUGGUUUUGUACCCUACAGAGACUCUAAAUUAACACGGCUGCUGCAAGAUUCCUUGGGUGGCAACAGCCACACACUUAUGAUUGCCUGUGUGAGCCCAGCAGAUUCCAACAUGGAAGAAACUUUAAACACUCUUCGCUAUGCCGACAGGGCAAGAAAAAUAAAAAAUAAACCAGUUGUCAACAUUGAUCCACAGACAGCUGAGUUGCAUCAUCUAAAACAGCAGGUGCAACAGCUCCAGGUCUUGUUGUUGCAGGCCCAUGGAGGAACGCUCCCUGUGUCUAUCAAUGUGGCACCAUCGGAAAACCUACAAUCCUUGAUGGAGAAGAACCAGUCCCUAAUGGAGGAAAAUGAGAAACUGAGCCGAGGUCUGAGUGAGGCUGCAGGUCAGACAGCCCAGAUGUUGGAGAGAAUCAUUAUGACAGAACAAGAAAAUGAAAAGAUGAGCGCCAAACUUGAGGAACUCAGACAGCAUGAUGCGUGCAAACUUGAUCUGGAGAAACUGAUAGAGACUCUAGAGGAUCAGGAGCUCAAAGAGAACGUAGAAGUCAUUCGAAACUUGCAGCAAGUAAUAGUACAAUUGCAGGAUGAAAGUGCUGCUUGUGUGGCAUCCAUGGAAGCCACUGCAGAGAUGGGAAACUCAGAACCAGAGGCAGAAGCUCCAACAGAAACAGGCCAAGACUUCAAGAGAUCUUCAGGUGACUUCACCACUCAGCAUGCCUUGCGCCAGGCACAGAUGUCCAAAGAGCUGAUUGAACUGAACAAAGCCCUGGCUCUGAAAGAGGCGCUGGCCAAGAAAAUAACACAGAGUGACAGCCAGCUGGAGCCUAUCCAGUCCCAAUACCAGACUAACAUCAAGAGCCUGGAGUCAGAGGUCAGUAGCCUGCAAAAAGAGAAGGAAGACUUGAUCCUCACGCUUCACAUGGCAAAAAAAGAUAUCAACCAAGCCAAGUUGAGCGAGCGCCGUAGGAAAAGGCUCCAGGAAUUGGAAGGGCAAAUCAAUGAGCUGAAAAAGAAGCUGAGUGAGCAGUCAAAGCUCUUGAAACUGAAGGAAUCUACAGAACACACAGUCUCUAAACUGAACCAGGAGAUACGGGCAAUGAAAAAUCAGCGGGUGCAGCUGAUGCGUCAAAUGAAAGAAGAUGCUGAGAAAUUUAGGCAGUGGAAAUUACAGAAGGACAAAGAAGUGAUCCAACUAAAAGAAAGGGAUCGCAAGAGGCAGUAUGAAAUGCUGAAACUAGAGCGAGACUUCCAGAAACAGGCGAAUGUCCUGAGGCGCAAAACAGAAGAGGCAGCAGCUGCUAACAAGCGUCUGAAGGACGCUCUACAAAAACAGAAAGAUGCUGUGGAUAAGCGGAAAGAGAGCCAAAACCGAGGGAUGGAAGGAAUUGCAGCUCGAGUAAAAAGUUGGCUUGUAAAUGAAGUGGAGGUUUUGGUUAGCACUGAAGAGGCUCGGCGCCACCUUGCUGGCCUUCUGGAGGAUAGGAAGAUCUUGGCUGAGGACCUUCUUCAGCUUAAAAAGAAGAAAGAAACUGGGGAGAACCCACCUUUAAAACUCCGGAGACGUACAUACUCAGUGACAGAUAUACAGGCUUCAGAAACUGACCAGUCUGUAUCAAAGCAAAUAGAGAGCCUGGAAACGGAGAUGGAGCUUAGGAGUGCUCAGAUAGCUGAUCUGCAGCAGAAGCUGUUGGAUGCGGACAGUGGAGACCGGGUGAAGCAGCGCUGGGAGAACAUUGCAACUAUUCCUGAGGCAAAGUUUGCUGUGAAAUAUCUUAUUGGAGAGCUGGUCUCCUCCAAAGCUCAAGAAAGCAAACUGGAGAGCAGCCUGCAGCAGAGCAAAGCUAGCUGCUCAGACAUGCAGAAGAUGCUACUUGAAGAUCAAAACCAGAUGGCAGAGAUGGAGGCAGAGUUCCAAAAGCAGCUGGUGAUGCAGGAGCAACAGCAUCAAGAAAAGGUUCUAUACCUGCUAAGCCAGUUGCAGCAGAAAGAAGCAGCAGAGAAAAAACUAGAAGACUCACUAACUGAACGUGAGCAACAGCUGCUGGAGCGACUCAAGUUCCAGGAUGAAGAGAUUGAGAAAAUGAAGGAGAUCUGUGAGAAGAACCAAGAACUCCUCCUGGAUAAUGAGGGCAUGAAACAGAAACUGCUGCUCCUUCAGCUAGCCAGCGGACAGAAGCUGCAAGACCUUCAGCGCAUGCCAGCUCCGUCCCCAGGAUCUCCCUUUGAUUAUAUUCCACCCAAGCCCAAGACUCGCCGUCAGACAACAGCCAAACGCCGUGUGCCAACCCCAGAGUUGCAUGUGGAAGAGCUGUUCUCUGAAUCGGGGGCAUCUGAAGAAGAAACGGAGGAUAGGGAGGAUGCGGAGUGGGUUCCCAUAAAAAUUGCCAAAGGAAAGAAAAGGAGCAUCAUGGGAUGCUCCUGCAAGGGCCGAUGCGGAAACAAGCAGUGCAGCUGCAGGAGGCAGAAGGCAAGCUGCAAGGAAGGUUGUAACUGUGAUCCUGCCAGAUGUAGAAAUCGGGAGCCUGGGUUUUUGGGUGAGAUCAGCGAGGACCAAACAAGCAAUUCCGAAGGAUCCUUCAAACUGGAAGACUCCACUGUAGUAGCUGUUGGGAAGGCCACCUUCUUUCAGCCUGUUUGUGUCGCUCCAACUACAAAGGUCCUACAAGAAAUCACAGACCAGGAUGCAUCUGCAAGAAUGCCAAGCAUUGCCGCCUCCCUUGUCAGUGGAGAUGAGGAGUCGCAAGAAAACCAACUGCCACUCUUCCAGAAGAAGAAGAGACUGCUUAGCAGUAAAAUAAGCUUUUUUGCAGACUGCACCCCUGUCAGAGAGGAGGACAACUGAGGACGGAGGGAUGUCCCCAGACUCUGAUGUGAUCACAGUUAUUCCACACUGCCCUCAUGCAACACUAGUGAUUUUCAGAUGACCCGAAAGUCUCAGCAUAAGCCUUCCAACCAUUGCAGGGAACAUCCCACGGCUUGGCAGGGACAUAGCCGAGCACUUCCUGUCCUGUUUGUCUUGACUUGUAAAUAUUUGUGUGUUGGGACCCAGGUGGGGAAGAGGCAGGGACACAGGCUAUGCCAGAGGAGCUGGCUACUUGCCUGGAAAGUCUGUAGACAGCAGACUAGAAACAUCAGGCAGAGUCACCUCCUGGCUCCACAAAAGGUGUUCAUCCCUGUAGCCCUAGAACAGACGUCUGCUCCAGUAGUUGGGAAAUGCUUUUCCCUUCAAAGGAGACCCAGGAGUUCCUGCCCAAGUUGGUUAGGAGAGCUGUAGUAGGGCUGUGUUUCAGAAAGACACUGCAAUUAUGCUAGCUAGUUAAGUACCUAGUUAGUACAGUACUUGAGAUGAUCAGUGUUUUUGUUUGCUGUAGCAAAGCACUGGCCCUUGUGCCCAAGUGGAAGAAACUUUUUCCACUUGCUUUUUAUUU